AAAUCUUAUCUGGAACAAAACUCAUCAAGCCUGCAGCUCUGGGUAAACCAGCUCCCAAAAUUGAAAGUUGCCCGACUACUCCUAAGAAGUCUGAAGAUCCUACAGAAAUUGAUUCUUGUGCUCAGUUUCAGACCGAUUCUUCAGGAUACUGUUGUGGGAACAAGGAGAAAGAAUUAUUUAUGUUUAAAAGAGUUCAGGAAGCAGAAGAAAAAUGGAGGGGUGCACAGGCCCUAAUUGAACAAAUCAAAGUCACAUUUUCAGAAAAAGAGAAAGAGCUGGAAAAUAAAUUGGAAGACCUAAGGAGACAACAGGAAAAAGAACUCUACAAAUUGAAUCAAGACAAUUAUAUUCUUCAAGCCAAGUUAAGUAGCUUUGAAGAAACAAGCAAAAAUCAAAGAUGGUUACAUUUUGGAAAAACAACUGAUCCUGUCACUGGAGAAAAAUUGAAGCAAAUCCAAAAAGAAAUACAAGAGCAAGAGACACUUCUUCAAGGAUAUCAACAGGAAAAUGAAAGGUUGUAUAAUAAAGUGAAAGAUCUUCAAGAACAAAACAAGAAAAAUGAGGAGCGAAUGUUUAAGGAAAACCAGAAUUUAUUCAAUGAGUUAGCUUCCUUAAAGUGUAACCCUAGGCCAAGUAUGGUAAUCCGCACAAUUCUGAUACGUGAAAGUAGUUACGUCUGCUUUCUUUCCAACUGCUUCAGUAGUUUAAAAUAUCACAUCUUAUAUUCUCUGGCUUCUAAAAGAGAAGAUCUAUUCUAA